AUGGUUGUGAUGAAGCUACUAACAUGGAAUGUCAGAGGCUUGGGGAGAAAGGAAAAAAGAAGUAAAAUUAAGAGGUUGUUGAAGGAUAGAGGUAUUGAUAUAGCUCUUUUUCAAGAGACAAAGAAGGCCUCCAUGUCUGAAAAGGAGAUCAUAGAGAUUUGGGCUAGGGAUAGUAUGGAAUAUAUGACUGUGGAUGCUGAGGGCUCUGCUGGUGGCCUAUUAUGUAUUUGGGAUCCAGCUGUUUUUCAGAUGUCAAGUUGCUGCUGUAAUAGAAGGUUUGUUCUUCUCUCUGUGUCUCUAUUCUUUUCUUUUGAUUGUGUUUUGAUCAAUGUGUAUGCACCAAAUGAAGUGGGCCAAAGAGGUAAAUUGUGGGAGUGUCUUCUAAAGUUAAAGGAGGAGUAUUCUAAGCCCUGGUAUAUAGGGGGGGACUUUAAUGAAAUUAGAAAGAUUGGUGAGAGGAAAGGCUGCUCUAGGAGGGACAAGGAGAUGAAGGAGUUGAAUGAUUUUGUUGAUAGUAGUGAGUUGAAUGAUUUGCCUUUAUUAGGCCGAAGGUUUACAUGGUGUAAUGCUAGGGAAGGGGAGAAAUGGAGCAGAAUUGAUAGGGUUUUUGGUGGGUGGAAUCAUUUAAUUUGA